AUAUUGUUGCGUCCUUCACAAGCUUGGUUGGAAUGUGAUAUUUUUCAAUAAACUUCCAAUCUUGUUAUUAAGAAGAAAGAAAAAUGGACUCGAUUGAAUUUUAAAAAAAUAUGGGAAGAGCUUUACGUCCUGAAUGGUUGACACACCGAGUACGACAAGGUCAACCACAUAUUUUCUCUGUUGAUAUUCAAAAUAUACAAAACAACCCACGAAUUGCUACUUGUGGAUGUGAUGGUAUUGUUAGAAUAUGGUUUUUGAAAGCCCUAGUUAUUGGAGAGCAAGAUCUUAUUGGCGAGGAACAAGAAGAGGGUGUUGAAGUACUCCAAGUGGAGGAAACUCGUUCCACUGAACAGUCAUCCGAUAAAAACAGCAACUCUUCUAUUCCCCAAAACGCUCUUGCUGCUUCUCUCUCCUAUCAUAGUCGCUCUGUGAAUAUGGUUCGUUGGUCACCUCAAGGACAGUGGUUGGCAUCUGCAGGAGACGAUUUUCUCGUUUUCAUCUACCACAAGGAAGAAGGAAAAGGCUACAGUCCUUUUGGUAGUAAAGAACCCACUCCACUAGAAAAUUGGAGAGGUCGUAAGCUGUCAGGUCAUAGCAACGAUGUUCUUGGGGUUGCUUGGUCACCCUCUGGAGAGCUAUUAGCUUCUUGUAGUGUUGAUAAUACUAUCAUCAUAUGGAAUGUGAGAUCAGAUACCAUAGUAACACGUCUACAAGGGCACGAAAGCUUUGUAAAAGGCUUAUCCUUCGACCCUACUGGACGAUUUCUUGCUAGUCAUGGUGAAGACUUGGCGGUUUUGAUUUGGAAGACAAGUGACUGGAGAAUAGAAAAAGAAAUUCGAGAGACGUUUAAAGAGUCACGAACUGUAGAGUAUCAAAAAAGUUUGUUUUAUAGGUUGGAUUGGUCUCCUUGUGGUAGAGAACUUGUUUGUUCCAAUUGUUUAGCAGUUCAUAAUGAUAAACGUAUACAUGCAGCUGUAUUAUUUCAUCGUGAAUGCAAUUUCGAAAGACCAGAGUAUUUUAAGACCUCGGUUCCCGUUCUCUGUGUUCGUUAUUCUAAACGAAUGUACAAAUCAAAAAGAGAUGAACAGGUUGAUAUUGGAAAUGAGGCAUAUACUGCCAUUGCAUUUGGAACAGCCAGUGGUACACUCCUUGUCUGGGUUUCCAAGUCUUCCAAGGCUUUGCUUGCUUUAAAAAACGCUUGUCAAGGUCCCAUAUUGGAUCUCAGUUGGUCUCCAGAUGGCUAUAGUCUCAUUACUUCAUCAGCCAUUGGACCUCCUUUGUAUUUUCAGUUUACAGAAGAAGAGUUGGGAUAUGUCUUGACAGCAAAAGAAGAAAAGCAAGUUUUUGAUGAUGUGCGUAGUAAAUUGGGAGCCAAUUACGAAAACGUUCCUUUGACUCAAUCUACAGUACAACUUGAAAUGGAAGGUUUAUAUGCGAAGCAUAUGCAAGAAGGAUAUUUGCCAAAUCAAAUAGUAUCUUCUCAAGAACAUUUGGAAAAAGACAAACAUAACGGUGUGCACCAACCAUCAUUACAACAAAAGCAACAAGAAUACAAUGUAGGCAAAAAGAGACGAAUAGUACCCAAAUGUCUCUCCACUUCCAACCCACAAGAAAAUGGAGGAAGCAACCCAUUAAUGAACACUGAACAAACUCAUCUUGCAGAACCUAUCGUGACAAAUGGCAAUGAAUAUAGGAACAUGGAUUCUGUUGUUGUUGAUGCAAAUUUGGAUGUUCAUACUAAUCUCCAGUCGGAGCAGUUUCAAAAUCUUCAGCAUAAUGACAAUUCUUGCAGUAAUCAACAGACAAGAGAAAAUUCUUCCACAGAUGGAGCGAAUUUUUUCGUGCAACAUUUUCGUAAAAGAUUGGAAUCCUAUACCCCAACAUUAGGAGAGGCUUGGUUAUUUCAUUCACAAGAAACCCUGGACAAUCCUUCCAAUCGCAAGUUGUCACCAUUUCCUAUGGAAUGGAGCAAACAUCGGAUGAUAGAUGAAGACGACAAGAUAAUUCUUCGAUUUGAAAAUGAUGAAUUGUAUUGUUGUUCAAACGACAAGAUAUUAUGGCAAGCAGCAUUAGCAAAGAAUGCACAUCCGAUUGCUUUGGCUGGUGAAAAAUCGACAUUGUAUGCUGCGGUUUCCAACAGCAAUAUGUUGCAUCUGUUUAGUAUUUAUGGCUCUCGACUCUAUGCUUCUAUAAUUUUGAAUGCUCGUCCGCAUAUGUUGGAAGUAUUCAAGGGAUAUUUAUUUGUGAUUCUGGUUAACGGAGAAAUGUCACUUUAUCGAAUACCACAGAUCCAUUUGGUUCUAAGAGCAUCUGUAUUACCCAUACUACCUGAACAAAUUUCCGAAAAGAUGGGACAGCCGAUAAUUUAUCCACCACUGAUUUCUAAACAAGAAGAUAUCUGUCUUACCUUGUACAAUGGAAGUUCUUAUUUAUUUCAACGCAAUUUGGGAAACUGGAUUUGUAUUGCAGACGACUCUUUUAUUCACUCUGAAUUUUUCCAUAUCAAUUUUUCAAGUCAUUCAGAACAUGAAAGUAUUCCUCAAAGGCAUUUAUUGACAUGGUUUCGCAAAAUGGUUGGAAAGAUGACGACUCCGAAAAUAGCCAAUGUGAAACCAACAAAAGUCUUAUUAGAAAGCAUUGCACAUUUGGAAACUAUGAUGGCAAGUGCUGAUAUCCUAAACUCAAAGGAAGAGUUUAGAAAAUUGUUGUUGUGUUACAUUGAGAAACUUUGCAGUAUUCAAGCAACUGAACUUCCAUCACGAAUGGAUAAAUUGAAACAAGUGUUGGAUGAUAUUCUUCAAGGAAAAGACGGUUUCUUUUCUCGCAAUUUGGAUUCUUUCGAAAAAACUACCUUUAUGUUGCAAGUUGUAUUGCCCAUUGUCUCCAAGAAUCGACAACUUCAAAAUGUUGCAGAAGAAUAUGUAGAAAAGAUCAGGAGCAUGUAACCCAACGAGGUAAGUAUGGAAAUCUAUGAGGUUCUAUAUAUGAUGCACUAUUCAAAUGAUGAGCAAGUUCUGAAACAGAAACUUACUAUUACAUGUUGAUACCAAUCUUCUUCAUCAUUCUAGCAUUACUCUGAGUGCAUUUGUUUAU